GAGCCGCUCUGGAGCCAGGCUUGGGACCCGCACGUCCCGCCCCCCGGGCUGACGGACUUCAUUUCCCAUCGUGCCGGGGCGGGUGGCAUGGCGGAGAAGGAUGACACCGGAGUUUGACGAAGAAGUGGUAUUUGAGAAUUCUCCACUUUACCAGUACUUGCAAGAUUUGGGACAGACUGACUUUGAAAUAUGUACUUCCGUGUCACCAAAAGCAGAACAAUGCACCUCCGAGGAGGCACAGCAAGAGAAUUCUACCAAGAUGCCAUCAAAUGGUAUCCUGUUAAACUUGGCUGAAAGCUUCAACAGGUGGUUGUCACUGUUUCAGUGCUGUAGGAAUGAUGACUUGCUCCACAAAUUGGAUGUGGGAUUCCGACUUGACUCCCUCCAUACCAUCUUGCAACAGGAAGUCCUGCUACAAGAGGAUGUGGAACUGAUUGAGCUCCUUGACCCCAGUAUCCUGUCUACAGGGCAGCCUCGGCAACAGGAAGAUGGACACCUUCCAACUCUCCGCUCCCUAGCAACUCCUAAUAUUUGGGAUGUCUCAAUGCUGCUAGGCUACGUUAGUUUCUUCAUUAUGAUUCCUGCUUGGUGGGACAUCUCUUCGUGGCCACUGUGGGCACUAAUUCUCAUUGUUUACUUGGUUAUAAGAGCUGCGGGCUGGUGGAGGACAGCCAGAUUACAAAUGACUCUAAGGAAAUACAACGUCCAGCUAGAAGAUACAGUAGCCAAUAGCCGUGCUUUUACCAACCUUGUAAGAAAGUCUUUACGACUCAUUCAAGAGACUGAAGUCAUUUCCAGAGGAUUUACCCUUUUGCUUGACAGGGUCAGUGCUGCUUGCCCAUUCAACAAAGCCGGACAGCAUCCUAGUCAGCAUCUCAUCGGCCUUCGGAAAGCUGUCUACCGAACUGUAAGAGCCAACUUCCGAGCUGCGAGGCUAGCCACCCUCUAUAUGCUGAAAAACUACCCUCUGAAUUCGGAGAGUGACAACGUGACCAACUACAUCUGUGUGGUACCUUUUAAGGAGCUGGGCCUGGGACUGAGUGAAGAGCAGGUGUCAGAAGAAGAGGCCCAUAACCUAACAGAUGGCUUCAGCCUGCCUGCACUGAAGGUUUUGUUCCAGCUCUGGGUAGGACAGAGUUCAGAGUUCUUCCGAAGGCUGGCACUGCUCCUGUCGACUGUGAAUGCCCCCCGGGGGCCCUUCCUCACACCUACUCUUUCCUCUCAUCGUGUCCUGUAUGAUGUGACUCAAGGUCUACCUCAUGCACAUGCUGCCUGUUUGGAAGAACUGAAGCGCAGCUAUGAGUUCUAUAGAUAUUUUGAAACUCAGCAUCGGUCCGAGGCACAACGUUUGUCAAAAACGAAGCAGAAAUCAAAAGAACUGAACAGUCUUCACACAGCAGUGCGCAGCCUCCAGCUCCAUCUGAAAGCAUUGCUGAAUGAGGUUAUAAUUCUGGAGGAUGAACUUGAAAAGCUUGUUGGUAUGAAGGAAGCACAUGCACUAGCAUCAGAGGCCUAUCAAGUCCUGGAGCAGAAGUUAAAGUUGCUCCAGCCUCGAGUUCAAGCUAGCAACAGUUGCUGGGAAGAGGCUCUUUCUCAAGUAGAUAAACUGGUACGAAGAAAUUCAGAUAAAAAAGGCAAACCUGAAGUAGCAUGUGAAACCCCACAGUGUACCACAGUACCUUUGCCACAACCUGCACUGCAUAUCGAGGACAAGGACCCAAUACCUGAAGAGCAGGAAUUAGAAGCUUAUGUGGAUGAUACAGACAUGGACAGCGAUUUCAGAAGGGAAGACUUUUAUUAUUUGUCCCAAGAAGACAGAGAGAGGCAGAAACGGGAGCGGGAAGAAUCUAAAAGAGUAUUACAGGAAUUAAAAUCAGUGUUAGGAUUUAAAGCCUCAGAAUCGGAGAGGCAAAAAUGGAAGCAGCUUCUCUUUAGUGAUCAUGCUGUGAUGAAACCCUUGUCUCCUGUAGAACCAUUGGAACCCAUAAAUAUUUCAGAAUCAUCUGUGAAUUCAAAUAAGAAAAAGGAUGGUCCUAAAGGGGAAGGUGACCCCGAAGCGGGAAAUAGUGAACUAAACCCUACCCCAAAUGACACUGAAAUAAGUAGGACUGAGUAUUUAUGUGACAAUCCUUCGGACUGUCCAAAUAAAGACAAUGCCGUGAAGGCAGGCUGUUUGGCAGAGGCUGAAGAAAGAAUAUGUUACCAAUGCGAGAGUGAAGAUGGGCCUGAGCACACCACCAAGGGUGGCGUGGAGACACUUCAGCCGGCACUCAGUGACUCUUUACAGGCCUCCAUCCGAGAGAGGCUGGCUCGCCUCCACCCAGCACCAGAUUUCAGCAUCACUUCUGGUCUUGCUGCGCAAGUGGCUGCAAGGUCUCUCACGUUUACCAACAUGGAGGAACAGACUUUUGAAGAUAGUGAGAUAGAGGAGGAAGAUGAAGAAGGAGAACAGCAAACGAGAGGAGAAACGGAAAACGAGGUAGAAGAAAGCAAGAACAAAGAAACAAAUGUAGAAAAUAAAGGAAUAUAAUCUCAGCACUUAUGAAACAUUGUCUUAGUUUCUUAGCUGGAUAAAGAAGUUUAAAGUGUUCCAUUAAAAGGGAUGGUGAAUGUAAGGAGUUUACUUUAUAAGGCUUCACAGAGAAAUUCAUAGUUGGAAAAACUGAUCUAAAUUAUUUACUCUUAAAUGGCGCAUUGGGAGAAUGUUUCCAUUUUCUUGCAUAUGUGGGGAUAUGUCUCCCUAGAGGAAACUGCUAUUUUAUUAUUAUGACAUUGACUGAUACUAUGGAGACAAUUUCAAGAUUUUGUCAGUUUAUCACUUUUAAUACAAAACGUGUACUUCCUAUUUCUGGGCCUGAAUUUGCGAUUGAAAAAGGUAAUUGGAAUCACACUAAAAGAACAUGAGUAUUUGUUAUGAUGCCUUCUCCACCACUUUAUUACUACCUUUGCACUUAGUAACUGUAGUACGUGUGUGUUCAUGGAAAGUCAUCUGUAAUUGCUUUAGUUCAUUACAAUCCUAGAACAAGAGUAUAGGUUUAAAUAAAAAUAUCCAACUAUCCAUAUAAUUUAUGUGUCCUAGGGUUUGGGGUUGGAAAAUUAGUUCCAAGAUAACUAGAGUUCCACCUUUGUGAUUGUCCAUGUUUCUUUAUUUGUGUGUGUAUUGAUUAGCAAAUUGUCAGGUGGGUUAAUGACCUUUUGUGGGUUUUUUAGUGUAACAUUUAGGUGAAAAACCUUUUGAUUUUUCUCUUGGUGUAUGUUAUUUCUUUAAUUUCCUUUCUUUUGGUUAUCAAAUUUGCUUUCUGUUGGCUAUCAAAAGAACAACACAAUCCAGUUUGGUUAUUCCCUAGGUUAAAAGGCAUUAUGAUAUAGUGUAGAUUAUCUUUGGGUUUCAUAAAAUUACACAUUCAGAUUCUGCUACUUAACUGUUUAAGUGAAGCUGAUUGUUUUCAAAAGUCAUCAUACUGUUCUACGCAGAUGGUUGAGAUCCUUUAUACUUUUAGGAAGAGUAAAAUGUUUGUUUUGGCCAAAAUUCUAGGACCUAUCAGGAAAUUACUGUGACUGUAUAUCUGGGAGCCUGCUGCAUUUUCUUAAAAAUAUUUAAUGAAAUUUAAGAGAAAAAUGCCUUCUAUGUAUUGUGUCAUCAUAUAUUCCCAUAUAAACUAUUGGCUUUUUUCUCUUAGUUUUUAAUGUUUGUCAUCCUCUUGUGAGCAGCAUUUGUUUCCUUGUGGUACAAGGUAUUAGAAAAGGAUCGCUUUAGGAAACACGUCCUUAAUGUUACUGCCCAUUUCCUCUGAUGUUUGCCUAGACGUGGUUUUGUUUUCAGUGUGGAAUAUUCUCAGAAAAUUUAAUCAAGGGUUGCUAACUUUCCUACUUGGCCCUUUUUUAUUCACCGUUAACAAUUUUCAUGUGAAAAUGUUAUUUGUUGCAACCAUGAUAUUGGGUCUUGGAAGGUUAUUUGAUUUUCUUAAUUUUCUUUAUUCUUCUGCACAGUUUCCAAGAUUGAUCUUUCAUCUUUUGAAAUCAUUUCAGUUACAUGUGAAUGUCAUCUUCUCUGGUAGUAGUCGGUGAUUAUGCUUCUCUGAAGAUUUAAUAGUAAUACCGUUUCACUUUACCAUAUAUCCCCUACAUAGACCAUAUAGACUAGAACAACAGAAGCAUUUUGGCUAGUUAUCUUUGUUCUGUUAUUUGGUUCCCAGCUAGUCCAUUAGCCACUACAGGUGCUAAAAUUAUUGGGGAGGGACAUUAGACCAUCAUCCCUUACCCAGUGAUUGUUUGCCUCGAUUGGGAGAGAGGGAUAGAAGGGAGAAAACUUAGACUUCUACACCUCCUGGCUCAACAAGGUGACUCUUUUGCUACAAAGAUAUCCCAACAGUUUUUACAGACAUGGCAUUUCUUCAGUCUCCCUAAAACUAAAGAGAAAUCUUGGCCACAGAGUGUAUCUGUAACAAGCUAUAAACGAAAGGGGCAGAUGUUUAGAUUAUACAAUGACUCCAUUAGAAUCAGUAGCAUCUUUGUCGCAAUAUAAAUUAUUCUUUUAAUAAAUUGGAUUUUUCUCUAAAAGUACAUGUCCUAAUUAUUUGAAGACCUUUUUAUCUGUCAGUAACUACCAUCAAGAAGGGUGGUAGCUUCUCUUCUAGUCUUAUACAAUAUAAGUCCCUUAAGACCAAAGGAUCAUUGAUUUAAAGAUGGAAAGGACUCUUCAAGCUCACCUAGACCAACCCCCUCAGUUCGGCAUAGAGGAAACUGGGGGCCACAGCAGUUAUGUAAUUUGCCCACAAUCACACACAAAGCAAGGGGCAGAGGCAGGUUUGGAACCCAACUCCCUGCACUCCAGAGACACCACUUCUUCCAUUUCAUCAUACAAGUUGUGAUUGUACUGUCAAAAAACAGAAAAUAGACUUUAUCCUAUGCCUUUCAUUUAUGUGGUUCUGAUUGGAGAAAUUAUUUAGAUAGCUUGUUCUGCUAAAUUUCAAAAACAUUCUUGGGGCGGCUAGGUGGCGCAGUGGAUAAAGCACUGGCCCUGGAGUCAGGAGUACCUGAGUUCAAAUCCCGCCUCAG